GUCACCAAUUUAUCAUCCUUGACUUCCCCCUACUGUUUGAGACAGGAAACACAGUGCCUUAUCUCAGUGAGAUUGUUGUGGUCUCUUGUGACAAGGAGACCCAGUUGAAGAGGCUAAUGGCCAGGGAUGGCCUCACAGAAAGCCAAGCUAAGCUGAGAAUACAAGCCCAAAUGCCUUUGGAAGAGAAGUGCAAGAAAGCCACACACAUCAUAGACAAUACUGGGUCAAUUCAGAAGACUAGCAGCAGGACAAAAGCCUUGUUCUUGGAAUUUAGGGCUUCAAACAAGCACUUAAAAGUAAGGAUCUUUGUGCUUUUUGUAAUAUCUUUAUGGAUUGGACUGGCUACUUGGAUGGUGGCUGUGGUGGUCAGGAGAAAGUAAACAUCUUUAUGGAUUGGACUGCCUACUUGGAUGGUAGCUGUGGUGGUCAGGAGAAAGUAAACAUCUUUAUGGAUUGGACUGGCUACUUGGAUGGUGGCUGUGGUGGUCAGGAGAAAGUAAACAUCUUUAUGGGUUGGACUGGCUACUUGGAUGGUGGCUGUGGUGGUCAGGAGAAAGUAAAUAUCCAACAAAAGGUCACAUAGCCUGCAUAUCAUUUGCAGAAGGGUAGGAUGGGAGGCUUACUGCCAAGUACCCUGGUAUCUAAUUCAUGAAGUUGGGAUUUUAAAGUGCAUUAGGUCAUAUCAAAGCUGUCAUUACACACAGUAGAUAUAAGUUUUGAAAACAUUCCAAUUUUAAUGACAAACACUUUGUGCAUGCAAAAUUCACCAGAAACGGCCUCAGACUUAAGUUGAUGUACAGUUAAAUACUGUUGUCUUUUUAGAUUGAGAGACAGUUAAAUGCAAAUGUCACUAAAAUUUAAUGUUCCUUUUAAAAUCAAUUUAUAUAGUAAUUUAAUAAAUUGAAGUUGAUUAUUA